GAGAGUAACAACUGCAUUCAGUAUGUUUGCCACGCCCCUCAGACAACAGACCACCAGUGCGGUAAACCAGAGCCAGGGAAAGGCGACGCAUAUCGGUAUGGAUGGCCACGGCAAGCCGUAUCAGUACGAGAUCACCGACCAUGGCUAUGGCAAGGAUUCGGUUAAGGUGCUCCAUGUGAGUCGCGAGGGACCCGUUCACACCAUCCAGGAGUUCGAAGUAGGCACUCACCUGAAGCUGUACAGCAAGAAGGACUACUACCAGGGCAACAACUCGGACAUUGUGGCCACGGACUCGCAAAAGAACACGGUGUACCUGCUGGCUAAAAAGCAUGGCGUUGAGAGUCCCGAGAAGUUCGCUCUGCUGCUGGCCAAGCACUUUAUCAACAAGUACUCCCAUGUGGAGGAGGCACACGUUCAUGUGGAGGCCUAUCCGUGGCAGCGGGUCUGCCAGGAGGAGACCAGGACGGUCACCAAUGGUCAGGACCAGGCUCAGGGCAGGUCAAACCAGGCGAGCUGCAACUUUAGCUCGAUCGACAAUCGAUCGCUGCACAACCACGCCUUCGUCUUUACGCCCACAGCUCAGCACUACUGUGACGUAGUCAUGAGGCGGACAGAUCCCAAACAAACCGUCAUCACUGGCAUCAAGGGUCUCCGGGUGCUGAAGACAACACAAUCUUCGUUCGUGAACUUUGUCAACGAUGAGUUCCGAUCCCUGCCGGAUCAGUAUGAUCGGAUAUUCAGCACUGUGGUGGACUGUUCCUGGGAGUAUUCCGAUACUGACACCGUGGACUUCUCACGGGCCUGGCAAACGGUCAAGAAUAUCAUCAUUCGCAACUUUGCCGGUGAUCCCCAGGUGGGCGUAUCCUCGCCCUCCGUCCAGCACACUCUGUAUCUGAGUGAGAGGCAGGUCCUCGAUGUCUUGCCGCAGGUGUCGGUCAUCUCGAUGACCAUGCCAAAUAAGCAUUACUUCAACUUCGACACAAAGCCGUUCCAGCAGAUCGUGCCGGGGGAUAACAACGAGGUCUUCAUCCCGGUGGACAAGCCACAUGGCACCAUCUACGCUCAGUUGGCACGUAAAAAUAUUAACAGUCACCUUUAGGUCUCAACAAAUUUAGGCAAUUUUAAAUUAAUUCACUCUUGCUAUUGCAUAUAUGUAUCUCUGAUAUCAAUCAAUCAGAAUAAAUAAAGUUUAGCUCAUGGCAAUA